AUGAAGCUGUACUGGAGUUUGGCUCUCGUGGCCAUCAGUUUGUCGAUGAUUUUGAUGACCGCGCGAGCGGAAGCUGAUCUGUGGGACGAGGAUGACAAGCCUCUUGAUGAGGUUCUUGUACGGACAGAGCGCGGUACCAAAGAGCGAACAUCCGGCAGCUCUUCGUCGUGCAGAUACGUAAAGGGUCAAUGGUCGGAAUGCGACUCGAAUACUAAUUUGCGGUCGCGCACACUGAACCUCAAGAAGGGCGACAAGUCCUGUGAGCAGACCAAGAUUAUUCAGAAGAAGUGCAAGAAAGCAUGCCGAUACGAUAAAGGCACGUGGAGUGGAUGCGUGAAUCAAAUGAUGACGAGAACCGAUAAUCUGAAAGCGAAUAGUGACACAUCCUGCGAAAAGACGCGACGGCUUACCAAGAGGUGUAAACCAGAGACCAAUACUAAAAAAUCCACCAAAGGUGAGCGAUCGAACAAGAAAUCGGGCAAGCAGUAAUCAUCCGCCAACUUUUAAUCAUCUUCUCUAAUUGGGCAACGAAAGCGCGUAGCAGAAGAUGGCACUGAAGCUAUCGGACAUAUAGCAGGAGGGCAGAUUGGCUAUGUUUAUCCAGGUACACCUUCGCAUCUGCAACCUGUGAAACCCACGAAACCACCUUCAUCUAAUAAUUCCUCUGCCCCCUCCACACCACCCCCUCAAGCUGCUCCCAGCUUUUUUGUCAGCGAGAGCCUGCGGCUGGAUAUCCUGCAGAAGAAUGCGCUGACAUUGGCACAGCCCGAUGUGGUACGAUUUCCUGACUUGCCCAAUGAGGUUGACAAUUAUCACGAGUUAUGUCCCUUAGAGCCGAUGCAUAAACCCGCCUCGACGGUUCUUGGAUAUCAAACUUCUACAUACAAGGCCACCAGUAUCAAGACUGGCACGCGAUACUGUUUACGUCGUGUGCACGAUUUCCGACUUGCCAACACAAAGUGUAUGGUACUGGUCGACAUGUGGAAGCGGCUGUCACAUACGAAUCUAGUUCAGCUAAGAGAAGUCUUCACUACCAAAGCGUUCGGUGAUCAUUCCAUGGUUUUCGUAUACGAUUAUCAUCCCGCUUCGGAGACGUUGCUGAAUAAGCAUUUCGCCUCGACCGAACUUAAUGGUUAUACAGACCCGUUCUCGUCGGAUCCAAAUGCGCCACGGCCUUAUAGUCACACCAAGAACACUAUUCUAAGGCAGCAGCAUAGUAGUAUGCUACCAGAAAGCGUUAUUUGGAGCUAUAUCAUUCAACUCACUGCCGCAUUUCGCGUUAUUCAUGCUGCUGGCUUGGCAUAUAGAUGCUUAGAUCCCACUAAGGUACUACUUACAUCACGGACGCGACUUCGUUUAAGUUGCGUCGCCAUUCCAGACGUGGUCACUUUAGAUGGGAACGCCGCGAAUCCACUCACUCUCAUCCCGCAUUAUCAGCAAGAGGAUUUAGUAGCUCUCGGCAAGCUAGUCUUAGCGCUGGCAUGUCGGAGUCUUAUCGCCGUCCACCGCGACAAUAUGUCUGCCUCCAUCGAGCUGAUCACACGUUCCUACUCUACUGACCUUCGAAAUCUUAUUCUAUACUUGCUGUCAAGUCAACCUCGUAAAAGCGUCACGGAUCUCAUGCCAAUGAUUGGUGCGCGAUUUUACACACAGCUGGAUGCUGCCCAGUUACGAUUGGACGUUUUAGAAAACGAACUUGCCAAGGAAUUAGAGAAUGGACGAUUAUUUAAGUUGCUGGUCAAACUGGCAACUAUUAACGAGAGGCCAGAACUUAAUAUGGAACCCACAUGGGCAGAAACGGGCGAUCGCUACAUGCUCAAAUUGUUUAGGGACUAUGUAUUUCAUCAAGUAACAGCCGAUGGUAGGCCCUGGUUGGAUCUAGCACACGUCGUAGCUUGUUUAAACAAGCUCGAUUCCGGCUCGCAGGACAAGAUAUGUCUCAUGUCUCGAGAUGAGCAGAGUGUUCUGGUGGUAAGUUACGCGGAGCUACGGCAAUGCCUGGAAACGUCAUUUGGAGAACUGGUACAAUCUACAAAAGAUGCUGUUUAAGAGAGCGUCCUCGAUAGCGCAUACUCCGAACCAUAAAUGUGAUAUCAUCACUUAGCGGUACUAUCAUUUUACUCUUUAUCGAGUUACUGGAGAGUGAGAACUGUCGAAUUGUGCUUGGUGAUAUAAAAAAUAACGCGCAACUCAGUUUUGUAUACAUGAUUUUGCUCGUCGAAUCAAUUAAAUAUGACCGCAUUAAAUGCGUUGCAUUUAGGAUGUAAGACGUUAAAUUUUCGGGUUUGUAAGUGUUAAGGAUCUAUAGAUCCUUAAAUUAUUUUGGGUUUUUUUUUUUGGAUUUUCCAGUUUGGAUCUUGGAGUCUUUAGACUUUGGAAUUCUCAUAUAUUAUAGACUCGCAUUGAAUCGCUUGAAUUUCAGAAUCCUCAGAUUUUGCAAUUCUUGGAUUUUUGAGUCUGAAUUCCUGUAUCUACUGAGUCUUGGAUCUCUCUUUGGAGUUUUGAUCUCUUAAAAGUUUAAAGUGUGAGUUCGUAGGAGGGACGAGGGGGGGAGGGGAGAUAUCAUGUGAUUUUGCGAAUCAGUUAAGGUUUGGAUUCGCUCUAUAAAGCCCAUUACGGUACUAUACAUAAAAAAAAAAUUGUACACACACAACAAUGCAGUAUAUUCUUAAGGGAUCUUCUUAAGACAACACCUAAACACUCGGUGUCUAGGAUAGAGACCUUAGUUUCUAGGAUACAGCAUUAAUGGUAAGCAUUAAUUUUGAAAUAAAUGUUUAUUUUUGAAAGCAAUCCUAAA